AUGGUUGCAUCUACAUUUGGAGUUAUCACAUCUCUGUCAUACGGUGUUUACUCCUACGAACUGCUAGAGCCUGAUGAUGAAGCUCCUGCCAGCACAAAUGUGACAAUGAUGUAUACCGAAAGUGUAAACUAUGGCAAAAAUGCAACAUUUAUUGCCGGUGACCACCGUGUUUGUACAAAUUGCUCAAUGGAAUUAUUAGGGAAGCUUCAUGUAUAUAACAACAACAACAAAACAGAAGCGCACGCUGGAUAUCACCUAUUAUAUACAGGUCUAUGCGCUCCAAACUAUAUUCUGACUGGUCCUCAGUUUCUGAAUAUCUAUCAACGUGUGUACGCCGGGACAUACCUGCUAUCUUUUGUCGUCGUGUUCGUCCUAUAUGGCCUAAUUUACCGGUCAAUAUACAAGCAUCGAGCGAAAAGAAGCAAGAGAAAACGUUCCAGUCUUUAUCCGUCUGGCGUAGGUCAUGUUACCAGUCUUGUUCCACAUUGUAUUGAGUUUUCGAAUGUUGCAAGCCAAUUUACAGCGGUGACACACGUUAAUCCUCACAGUGGCCGACGGAGCGAUCCAUAUCUUGAAAAUGGUGAAAAUGAUGACAUUGACGCCGAAACGCAUGUAGAGCUACAGCCAAUGAGACCAAAGCCGAGAAAGGGAUCGCGGGCAAUAUCAAUCAAGGAGAAAACAUUAUUGGCCAAUAUUAGGACGGCUGUCAUGUUGUUUGUUGUAACCGUUGUUUUUCUUGUUGCAUUUCUGCCUGCUUGGCUUAUGGGAUUACAAGCAAUGGAAUUUAACGCCGUGAUUUUCUACAUGUAUUUUGUAUAUCAUACUGCAAAUCCUUUCAUUUACGCAUUCAUGAACAAGUCUUUUAGAGACGACCUUGGAAAAGUUCUCAAGUGCCAGAGUAUACCCAUGGUUCGUUAAACAUUUUUUUUUAAAUAUUUAACACGUUUUCUGCAAUUUGCCAUCGAAUAUGAUAGAAUACACAAAGAACAAGCGAUAACGCAUAUUGAUUGUUGUAAACAUUCAACACAUUUUCAAUGACUGGAAAUACACAUCUUGUUUAUUACGCUUGCAACCUUGUAUUUCUUUCUCAUCAAAUGAAUUCCCGAAAUAAUGAAUGUACUUUGUAGUCUUAGUGAUUUAUAAACCAAAGACAAAAGGCAAACGGAAAAUGUAAGAGUGUACGUAUCAAGGUCGGUUUGAACAUCGUGAAUUAAUUCAAGCCUGGCUUUUGCGUAUGGCUAUAAUAUAUUGGCACAAGUGACACGUCGGCGUAUAACAUAUCUAGCUCGAAGCAGGAGGCAUUCGUAUAUCAGGACCAUCCUUGUAUGUAGCGUUGGUUUCAUUAUAAACGACGUACUUAAUCCAAACAGAAACCAAACGGUUGCAAACUGGGACUGUAAAAGUGAUAAUAUCGUUCAGUAUGAAAAUGAUAAAUUUACCGUGUAAAAUUAUACUGGUUUUAGCUAAAUGCAAACAAGUGUUAUAUAUAAACACUGAAAAUGAG